GGGCUCUUGACCUUUGCGAGAUCGGUCCAAAUUCCAAUCCACCAUGUAGCCGUGUUCACAACUCCUGGCUUCUGGCAAGUCAUCCCAGUUUCUGAACUACUGCUAGGUACAGCUAUGGCUGAGACACCGUCAAAGUUCCCUGAAGUGCAAGGUGGUGGGAGCUUGAUUGUUGCGUGGCAGGUCAAGGGGAAACAUGUGCUGGUCGUUGGCGGGGGCGAGGUCGCCGCAGGCCGCAUCCUCCACUGCCUCAAUGCCGACGCCAACGUAACCGUCGUUUCCCCCGCCGCCCGCCUCAACCCGGAGGUGGCCUACCGGGUCGCCCAGAAGCAAGUCUCCCACGUCAACCGCAACUUUGUCCCCUCGGAUCUCGACGGCGCCGACAUGGUGCUGGUAGCCGUCGACGACCCGGCCGCAUCCACCGUCAUCUGGAAACUGUGCAAGGAGCGGCGCAUCCCCGCCAACAUCGCCGACGUGCCGCCCGAGUGCGACUUUUACUUCGGCAGCGUACACCGCGACGGCCCGCUGCAGAUCAUGGUCAGCACGAACGGGAAGGGCCCGAGGCUGGCGAGCAUCAUCCGCAAGUUCAUCGCGAAACACCUGCCGUCUAAUGCCGGGAGGGCCAUCGACACGGUGGGGCAGUUGCGCGUGAAGCUGCGCGAAGUUGCGCCGCGGCCGGAGGAGGGGCCCAAGCGGAUGGCGUGGAUGACCAAAGUUAGCGACGCCUAUCCCUGGGACGAGAUGUGUGAGUUGACCGAGGAGGAUAUCGGCAACCUCUUGCGCUUCUAUCCCGCUGGCACGGUACCGCCGUUGGACGCGCUCAAGGCCAUGCGCGCAAAUCCCGGCGUCGGCAAUGAUGCAUUUGAUGGCUCAUUUGGAUUUAGUGUCGGGGCUUAACUUAGCUGAAAGGCUUUUGACUGUUCGUAUCAUGCAGAUGUUGGGUGCUGGACUUGCGCGAUACCACGAAUUAAGUCGCGGGCUGCACCGAGUAUGGGCAGGAAUCUUUUACCCCUGAAAUCACGCCCAAGUUCCCGUGCGACAUUCGAAGCUC